CCGGAAUAGAAACGUCUGGUUUCCAGGUUGUGUACAGUUGUAGACAUACAUUUAACAAAAAAAAUGGAUUUGAAAAAGUGAUCGCUUGUUUUUGACUUGUAUUUUGGCAGAUUCAUAUCACGAUAUGACAAAGACAAACGCUACAAUUAGUCUGUGUUAGUCGCAACUCGUAAAAAUGAUCACUUCGGGAAGAAUCAUAGUUGGCCAUCUAGAUUCAGCUUCCUGUGUGGCUGUACACAUGUUAGCUCGUCCGCUAACUUUGGCGACUCGUUAAAACAUUUCAAGUGGUUUAUCGGCAGCGAGGAUUCUGAACGAUUUGAAAAUUUAUUGUUUCUUUUUUAAUGUCAUUUUCCUCUGUGUCUGUCGAACAGCAUUUAGCAAGUAAUGUAAUGUUAGCCACUCGUUAGCGCCGCUGUUUUUGUUGUCGUUGCUGAAUGGUUCCUAUUUGAAGUCAUCCACGUAACAUAAUGAAGGCAAAGAGGGGCAGUCAUUCAAAGGGCAGCACCAAAUCCCACAAGUGGAAGGACGUGAGGGGCAAAAGGUGCAGACCCCCCAUCAACCCCUCUGACCUCAACUCCAGCCCGGCCAUGGCCAGCAUGAUCAAGGAGCACCGGGGGACCUCCAAGAAGAAACCCACCGUGAAGAGACUGAAGACCAAGGCAAAGCAAGUGUCCGGGAACAAGUCUUUCACCAAUGGCGCCAUGGAGCUGGAUUCAGACGAGUCUCAGGAGUGGAAGGCGUAUGCCCAAGCCGUCCAAGUCAAUGGGGUAAAGAUGCAGGAGGAUGCAGCGACUUGUCGACUUGAUUGGAAGUCUCUCCAUCAGUGUGCAGAGAGGGACGACCAGAGGAAGCAUGCAGUGCUGGUCAUGCAGCAGGGACAGACGCUGUGUUUCCGCGGGAAGUGCUUUUUGACAUGCCUGUAUGGCCGCGUGGAAGUGAUGGGCUUCACCAUCGAGGAGGGCCAGCAGUCGUAUCCGCUCUUCUCUCCCGCCUCGCAUUGUCCGCUGACCGUCAGAGCCGAGGAGGGCUGCCAUGGCGGCCGGGACCACAGAAGUGCCGCUGCAGACAUCCUGCGCAGUUACCUUUCACCCGCGUCGCAGAAGAAGCUGCUUAGGAAGGUCGUCCCCAACUCCUCCAUCGUCCUGCUGGAGCCCAUGGAGACGCCGCUGACGCGCUUCCUCUCCAGCUUCACGGAUCACGGCAGACUGUUCAACCCCCCCGUGGCUGAACUCAUGUCGGCCAUCUUGGACACGCCCCUGAACGGUCUGGGCAUGGUUCCUCUGGCCGACGACAUCGAGGGCCUGAGGUUGUCACCCAGCUGCCAGGAUUCCCUGGAUGCCGUGGUGGAUGCCUGUCGAGGGGACAUGGAUGGCUGCGCGGUGGUCCUUGUGUACGGCGCCAAGAACGUGGGCAAGUCCACGUACAUCCGUGUCCUCAUCAAUACUCUACUCAAUCAUACCACCAGCGUGGAUUAUUUAGAAGCAGAUGUUGGUCAAACAGAAUUCACCCCAACUGGUUGCCUUUCUUUGCUGACCGUCAGAGAACCUCUACUAGGCCCCCCUUUCACACAUCAGCGUGCUCCAGACCACAUGGUUUACUACGGCCAGUCGUCCUGCGAGUCGGACUUGGGUCGCUACCUGGAAAGCCUCAAGUCCUUGUGGAGGAAACGCCCCCCCACCAGAGACAUGCCUCUCGUCAUCAACACCAUGGGCUGGGUCAAAGGUUUUGGGCUGCAGCUGCUGGUGGACUUGCUCCGCUUCCUCCCGGUGUCGCAUGUCAUCCAGCUGUCUCACGGUGGCGCCCCCCAGUGCCCCGCCCUCACCCCGGAGUUCCUCGAGACAGCCAACGGCUUCCAGACGCACCCGCCGGCCCAGACGGCACUGGAUGAGCUGACUGAGAGCCACAGCCCGCCGCGCAGCUACGUCCACAUGAGCGUCAAGGCCGAGUUCCAGGGCGCGGGUAGCCAAGGAAGAACGAAGCACCAGCGACCCAAUGAGCAGAGAGAAAUGUCACUGUUGGCUUACCUUAGUCAGCUGCAGUCUGCUGAUCCAGGACCUGUUAGACCUCUUCACUCCCUCACGCCCUACCAGGUGCCGCACACCGCCGUGGCUUUAGGCGUGCUCCACUUUGAGGUGGCGGCCAGCGACAUGCUGUAUGCCGCCAAUGCGGGCCUGGUGGGUCUCUGCUGCAUGGCUGAGAAGGUGACCAGCAAUGGAGGUCCAGUCCUGCUGUCCCGGGCCCCCGUCUGCCCCUGUGUGGGCCUGGGUGUGCUACGAGGUAUCGACAUGGCGCGAGGUCUCUAUUUCAUCUUGACGCCGCUGGAUCCCGCCCUUCUCCGCAAGGUUAACUGUCUUCUCCUGGGGGCCACGUCUUUGCCCUCCUGCAUCCUGACCACGCAGAAUGGAUUUCAGGAAGAUCCCCCUUAUGUCACUUCCGACUACAGCUUCGACCUGACCGGAGCGGGAAAGUUGAGGGUCUUCAAGGGCCUGCAGAGACCGGGUCACAUGGGGCUGCAGUGACGCUCCCAAGUAGACAUCCCCCCCGGCCUUUGCUGUUAAGGACUGGAUUGGACAGGACUGGGGUUUUGGUUAUUUUGUACAGGCAGCAUUCCCUAACAAUGUGUCAUUAAAAGCAAAACACUUUCUCACUUUUUUUUGUUUUUUUUAACUUGUUUGUAGGAUAUUUAGAAUCCAGUACACGUUUCAGGGUGCAGCUACGUUGUGUGGCCACAAGGGGGCGCCAUAUGGGUUCAAGAAACAUGCUCAACAUGUUUCAAGUGUUAAAACAUGUUAGUCGAAUAAGGAGAGAAGGUGCCUUGUUACGCAUUUGUUACGUCAUACCAAGCCCCGCCCCCUCAGCAUGUCUCACGUUUUGUCUAUGUUGUGUGAAAUUUUACUUUAGCCCUCCAUUAGCCAUACUAAUUAACACGCCAAUAAAAUGCAUUUGUAUACUAUUUGAAAAAGGCCAUUUGCCACUUUGUGAUUUAUUACUAUAAAGGAGGAAACUU